AUGAAUGAUGAGGAUCUCAUCACCGUGAUCGGGGCCAUUGGUGCCGUCUUGUCAAUCAUCAUUGCCGCCAUCCGCUUCUAUGGUAGGCACUUGAUGAAGAGCGGGGUGGGUUUGGAUGAUUGGUUUCUUCUUCUAUCAGUCGUCACGUUGAUAAUAGCCGACGUCAUCGUCGUUGUUGCCAACGUUACCUACCCCGAGAGCGCGAAGAAUGCCCUACACAAAGGCAAAGAGGAUUACACAUACGGCCAAGAUGAUAUCGACUACACCAGAUUGAGCUUCUUUUCGGCCAUUCUUUACUUCACAACCGUCUCCACAACGAAGCUGUCCAUCCUCAUCAUGUACAAGCGCAUCUUCUCGAUCGAUCGAUCCUUUCGCUUCCAGAUUUUGGCCCUGAUCGUCAUUACUGGCGGAUUCUGGAUCAGCAUGACGGUCAGCAAUCUAUUGAACUGUAUCCCAAUCGAAUUCUCCUGGAUCCCAUCCGACGACGAAUCGAAGUACUGCUUCAACUACAAUGUGUACUGGCUGGCGUGCGGAAUCGUCGAGUGUAUACUUGAUCUGGUGAUCCUCCUGAUGCCAGUAAGAGUGGUUUAUGGCUUAAAGCUUAGCCAGGGGAGAAGGAUCGCCGUUGCUGGCGUGUUCCUUCUGGGUGUUUUUGUUAUUAUAUCCGGCAUAGUCAAAGUCGCACGAAGCUAUAUCCCUGGAAGCCGACAGCUGGACCUCACACAAACCUCGCUGUGGUCGACAGUGCACAUCUGCACGGGCAUCAUCUGCGCGUGUCUCCCGGUUUGCUGGCCUGUGUUCCUCCGGCUUGUGAAGAGAGGGCCCCUUUCCAAGGCAUCUACGGUGCCGUCGAAUCAGUCACCGUGGUCCGGCGGGUCUGGUCGUCGCUACCCCCAAGGCCAUAGCUCUCGGAGCGGGAACAAGUCUCAUGACCAAUCAACCGAAAUUUACAGCCCGCAAUUCGGUGGCAGCUCUGAUGUUCAUGAGCUGCUGGUUCGUGAUCCAAAUCAGAUGGGAUAUGUACCACCAAGUCAUUCUGAGAUACGAGUCAAUUACGAUGGACACGGGGGCUUAGUUCAUGAUCAGAAUCAGAUGGGAUAUGUACAACCAAGCCAUCAUGAAAUACGAGGCAAUUACGAUGGACAUGGGGUUUUAGGUCGAUGA